AUGCGUCUUCUGGCCGCUGCAGACCGCAUGACCGAAACGGAACGGGCAAAGGCACAGGGCUUUGCAGAUUGGCUCUUAGGAGUUGGAGACGGCUCGGCGAACAAAACAGAAGACUCUAUCGCGCUCCCACGUGAGCUUUUUCUGCCGGCGACCACGACGAACAGAUCCAGUUUGAUCAGACGCGUUUAUCCCGGCCCCGCGCUCAAACUGGACAAUAUGUCAAUAGGCGAAAAAGUCGAAUACUUCCGAGAUCGAGCAAUUCUGGCGCCCACAAAUUCGCAGGUGGAUCAGAUCACCGACAUGGUGCUCGACGUGCUGCCGGGUGACGCUCAAAAGUUCUACAGCGCGGAUUCGGACGAAAACGAAGACGAAUCACUGUUCUUGAUCGAGUACCUUCAGAGUCUCAAGGAAAGAGUGUGUCUGGAGACGCCCGUCUUUUCUCACGGCCAGUUGUAUGUCGCGUUGUCCCAAGCAACUUAUGUGGACGGUGUCAGAGUUCUGCUUCAUCAGACUGAGAACGGAGAAGCGGAUAAUGUUGAAAUGAAGGCUGUGUACAUUUGA